UCCUUUCACUUAACAGACAUUUCUCCCAGACUUCUACAUAAAAUAUUCAGCUUAAGAGAUCUGUCUACUUAUAUUAGCACACAAAGAGAUUCUUAGAAAGAUCUGAAGCCUUGAAGCUAUUAACUGGAGAAAUAAAUCCCAAAUAAUAAUUAUAAAAAUUACUAAAUUUCCAUGUCAAUUAACAGUUUUUGUCUCCAUACAGCUUACAGUAAAAGAGAAAAAAAAAAAAAGGAACUUGAGCUUCUGCAAUCUUUGUCGAUCACAUGAAUAUUACCCUUGUAUAAUGCUUUUGUCUCCUAGCUGAUUCAUCUCAUACUCUGUCAUUAAGGAUUUUGAAGCUGCCUUCCUUUGGUGUUCAGAUGAAGAGAAAGAAGAUACGGUGUAGAUUACUGUUGUCUUGAGUGGGUUAUGUCGUGUUACAUUCUCCUCUACACCUCUGCUUAACCACUGGAAACAACUUUGAUGCUGUUCUCUUCUGCUCCAGUUUAUGGUCUCUUCCAGAAUCUAAUCUGUCAGACCUGGAAGCACAAAGAAUAUGGUACCUUGUGCAAAGAUGUCAAAUGCAUUGCCAUUUAUCUUGCUCUUCAUAUUCCCAAUGCUGCUGUCUGGGGCUUGGUUUCCCAAAACUUUACCCUGUGAUGUUAAAUCUUCAGAAGGUGCUGUGACAGUGGACUGCACUGACCGGCGCCUUACAGAAGUCCCCAGAGGGAUCCCUGGAAAUGCUACCAACCUUACCCUGAGUAUUAAUCAUAUUCCCCAUAUCUACCCAACAUCCUUCAAUCAUCUUGAAAACCUCGAGGAGAUUGACUUCAGAUGCAACUGUGUGCCUGUCAAGCUGGGGCCCAAAAAUCAUGUGUGCACCAGCCCCCUGAAAAUUGAGAAUGGUAGUUUUGCUGCCUUGACAAGAUUGAAGGCAUUGUACCUGGAUGCAAACCAGCUGGCAGAAGUACCCCGAGGUCUUCCUGCUGCUUUAAGCCUGCUGAGUCUGGAAGCAAACAGUAUCUUUUCUAUCCAAAAAGCCAGCUUCUCGGAGCUAGGGAACAUAGAGGUGCUGUAUCUUGGACAGAACUGUUACUACCGCAAUCCAUGCAAUGUUUCAUUUGAAAUUGAGAAAACAGCCUUUCUGGGGCUGAAAAAGUUAACAAUACUAUCCCUGAAGUCCAACAACUUAACACAAAUUCCUCCCAAUUUGUCAUCUACUUUAAAGGAAUUGUAUAUUUACAACAACAUGAUUCAAGAGAUUCAAGAGCAGGAUUUAAGUGGUCUUCCCAACCUAGAAAUUCUCGACCUAAGUGGCAAUUGCCCACGUUGCUAUAAUGCCCCAUAUCCCUGCGUUCCCUGUCCCAAGAGCUCCAUUCAGAUACAUUCAAAUGCUUUUGAUUCUUUGGAAAAAUUAAGAAUUUUGCGGCUUCACAGUAACUCUCUACAGAGCAUACCCAGCAGCUGGUUUAAAAACUUCAGGAAUCUCAAAGAACUUGACCUCUCCCGAAAUUUCCUCAUGAGGGAGAUUGGAGAUGCUCAGUUUUUGACAUUUAUCCCCAGUCUUGUGCAGCUUGAUCUGUCCUUUAAUUUUGAAAUGAAGAUGUAUUCUCCCUUCUUGGGUCUUUCUGAGACAUUUUCUACCCUCUCUAACCUGGAAAUCCUGAGACUCAAGGGUUAUGUCUUUAAAGAGCUGAGGGCACAAGAUCUAUAUCCACUGCUCAGUCUUAGGAAUCUAACUAUGUUGGAUCUCGGGACUAAUUUUAUUAAAAUUGCAAACCUAACUGUGUUUGAUGAAUUCCCAGCUCUUAAGUUCAUUGAUCUCUCAGUGAAUAAAAUUUCUCCUUCUUCAGGGGAAGGCAACCUCUAUGGAUUUUGCUCUAAUCCUGCCAUUUCAGCCGAGCAAUACAACAGACAAGUACAACAAGAGAUGCAUUAUUUUAGAUAUGAUGUGUAUGAGCGAAGUUGCCGUUCCAAAGACAAAGAGGAUUCUUCUUACCAGUCUUUAGUUAAGGAAGAUUGCCUUAACUAUGGAAAAACAUUGGAUUUAAGCAGAAACAAUGUAUUUUUUGUUAACCCCUCUGACUUUCAGGGGCUUAGCUCCCUGAAAUGUCUUAACUUGUCAGGUAAUGCAAUAAGUCAAACUUUGAAUGGAAGUGAAUUCUUUUACUUGUCUGGAUUGAAAUAUCUGGAUUUUUCUAACAACAGGGUUGAUUUGUUAUACCAAACUGCUUUCAAAGAACUAAAAUAUUUAGAAAUUCUAGAUCUGAGCAAUAACAACUAUUACUUUCUGGCAGAAGGUGUUACUCACGUGCUAAGUUUUAUGAAAAACCUACCCCACUUGAGGAAGCUGAUGAUGAAUGACAAUGAUAUUUCCACCACUAUUGAUACAGGAAUGGAAAGUCAAUCUCUUCGAAUUUUAGAAUUCAGAGGAAAUCACUUAGAUGUUCUCUGGAAGGAUGGCAAUGAUAGAUACUUGUCAUUCUUCAAGAAUCUGAGCAGCCUGGAAGAACUGGAUAUUUCCUUCAACUCACUCAGCUUUUUGCCUCAUAGUGUUUUUGAAAAAAUGCCUCCCAGUCUCAAGGUGCUCAACCUAACAAAUAAUCAGCUGAAGAGUUUCAUUUGGGGAAACCUCCCCUCUCUGAAGAACCUGGUAACUCUGGACCUGAGCAAUAACCUUCUGACUAAUGUUCCCCGAGAACUGUCCAAUUGCACUUCAUCGCUGCAGGUACUGAUCCUGCGAAACAAUCGCAUUCACGUGCUAACCAAACAUUUUCUCAGGGGUGCUUUUGAACUGAGAUACUUGGACCUCAGCUCAAAUAAGAUUGAAAUAAUUAAGAGAUCUAGCUUCCCUGAAAAUGUCAUUAACAACCUGAAGAUGCUGCUUUUGCACGGCAAUCCCUUUAAGUGUAACUGUGAGGCUGUGUGGUUUGUCUGGUGGAUCAACCGGACGCAGGUGACCAUUCCUCUUCUGGCCACGGACGUCACCUGUGCUGGCCCAGGGGCACAUAAGGGAAGGAGCGUGGUUUUCCUGGACCUGUACACCUGUGAGCUGGACACGUCCUAUUUGAUCCUGUACGCUCUGUCAGCUUCAGCCAUCCUCGGCUUGGUGGUGUUCACUGUGAUGAGCCAUCUCUACUUCUGGGAUGUGUGGUACAGCUACCAUUACUGCGCUGCCAAGCUGAAGGGCUAUCAGCGCUUGUCGUCACCAGCCGCUUGCUACGAUGCCUUUAUUGCCUAUGACAGUGAAGAUCCUGCUGUGAACGAGUGGGUACUGCAAGAACUGGUUGAAAGGCUGGAAAACCAAAAAGCCAGGCAGUUCAAUUUAUGCCUGGAAGGAAGGGACUGGCUCCCAGGACAGCCGGUCUUUGACAACCUUUCCCAGAGCAUUCAGCUGAGCAAAAAGACCAUAUUUGUGCUGACCAACAGGUAUAUUAAAAGUGGCCGCUUCAAGACAACAUUUUAUAUGGCUCAUCAGCGCCUUCUAGAUGAAAAAAUGGAUGUCAUUAUCUUGAUAUUUCUUGAGAAGGUUUUGCAGCAGUCCCGCUAUGUCCGUCUGAGGAAGAGGCUGUGCAGAAGUUCAGUCCUGGAAUGGCCAACUAAUCCUCAGUCUCAGCCCUACUUCUGGCAGUGCCUGAAAAAUGCCAUAGCUACGAGCAAUUCUCUGGCAUACAACAAGCUGCUCCAAGAAACUGUUUAGCUCUUCUCUCCCUGUAAAUAUUGUUAUGAUGCACAAGAUCAAAAUAUCCGGAACAAAAGAUACAGAACUGCAUUUGCAGAAACUGUGUAAGCAUGGAAGAUAUACCUCUUUGAUUUUAUUCCCCAAAAUGAUAGGCACAAUUACUUUGAAAUCAAAUGAUUUGAAGAGGAACUGUUUCUAGAACAGGUGUUUUGUUGACAUGCACCUUUCUUUGCACUGAUCACUGCACAGCAAGCAAAGAUGCUGAAAUGGGAUGGUACAUGAGAUCAGGUUCUGUAGGGCUUGCAGGCUGCUUUGUGAAAGCAAGGCAGGGGAGCAGGACAGCAGAGAAGUUGAGGAAUAGGUACAAGGCAGGUGGAGAAAAUCAAGUAAACCAAGGAGGAAAUGAGAAUAGACAAAGAAAUGCAGAUAAAAAAAGAGAAAGUGGAAAUGGUGGUAAGAAAGGAGGAACAUGCAGCUAUACUAGAGCAUGGUGGAAGUUCAGAAGCAGUUACUGCUGAUUUCCAAAUAAAAUUUUCACUUUACGUUUCAUCUGCCUCCUAGGCUGUUUGCUGAGCUGGAUCCUCCUUGAAGACUUUAGGGCUUCUCUCUAAUGUUAUGCUAUCAGUUUGAGGACCUUUUCCACCCAAGUCCUGAGUGAUGAUCCUUUCUGUAUCAGCUGUCUCUUAGCUGCUCUAGCCAGGGCUGGGGCCUGAGGACAUAUCAUUUUCCCCAAAAGAAAAUUUAGACAGAAUUUGGAAGUGCAAAGCAUGUAAGAUCAGGUCACACAAGGAAAGCACUUUUCCCAGUUUCUUUAGUCCUCCUUCAUUUCCUUGUUCCCCAGGCAGGUGCUUCUCCCACAGCAGCUGAUGGGGCACUGCUAAACUCUUGAGACAGGAAU